AUGCUUUCCUAUCAAAACGUUGCAUAAAAUGAAUAUCAGAAAGAGAAAGACAUUCCAUCUCCCAGUCCUCUUACAAGACCAAAAGACAAUAAUACAAAUUAAUAACCUACUCCAGUUCCUCAACCGUUCAAUACGUUACUGCCAGCUAAUCUUUUACAUCCCCAAACAAUGGAAAAUGACAGAUAAUCAAUAAAAUCAAACCAAUCCCAAAAAGAUUAAUCCUUUAGGUCGAAUUACAAUAUUAACUAAAUGAAUCCUUAAGAACAGAUGCUUCUUGAAAAGCAAUAGUUUCUUAUGGAAGAAGGAGAAGACUUAAAAUCACAAGUGAGAAAGCUAUAGAAUGAGAAUUCACAACAAAAAAAAGUUAUCGACUAACUUCAAUCUGAAUUAUAAUCGUUUAAAAGCCAAAAGUCGAUUGAGCAAGAACUCAAAGCCAAAUUUGAUUAUUAGGAGGAAAUGAUUGUUAAGUUGAAAUCCGAAGUUCGUAGAAAAUAGGAAGCUCUUCAAGAAUGCCAAUAUAAAUUAGCUGAUAUGGACAAGAUUUAAAAAAAGUUAGAAGAUUACAAUCUUUUGUCCUCUAAAUCCAAUGAACUAAAUAAAUAAAUCAAAGAUCUUCAAGAUCAAGUCUAAGAUUAAAAAAGGUAACUGGUCUAUCUUAAUUCCGCUGAACAUGAAAAUAGCAAUUUAAAGGAAUACAUAGAAACCUACAAAUAGUAAUUGAGAGAAAAGGAUGUUAAAAUUGAAUAGCAUCGAGAACAAUAGGAAUAACUUUACUUAGAUAAUAAAAAGAUGAAAACAACUUUGGACAUGUUAAAUUUCGAACUCAAAAAAUAACAAGAAAAUUCAAAUGAUUAAUUGCAUAGAUCAACUUUACAAAUUACAGAACUCUAAGGAUAAGUGGGUACUUAUUAGAAAACUCUUGCUAAUCAGGCACAUCAAAUUGAAUUAUAAAAAUAAUAAGUCAAGUAAUUAGAAAAUAAAGAAAAAGAACUUUAUAGUACAAAAAAUUAAAGUCUAUUCAAACCCUAAACUAAUAAAAUUUAUUAUGUAAUUAAUUAGUCUUUAAUUUCAUUAGAAUAAAAAGAAAUAGAAAAAUUAGCAAUGACUUUGAAGAAUGGCAAAUAGGAAUUUAUAAGUCUAUAAUAGAAGCUUGCUAUUGCUGAACAGGAAAUAAAGAAACAAUCUGAUCAAAUUUAGCAAUUACAAAAAUACAAAGAUUAAUUGAUUCAUUAAUGCUAAUUCCUUGAAUCAGAAUUAAAAAAGAAACAAGGGAAUUUAGAUCAAAGCAUAAAUUAAGCUUAACAUAAAUAGAUUGAGAUGAAAACUAUUUUAGAUUAGCAAUAAAACUAAAUCUAGCUUAUGGAAGGGGAAUUAUAAAAAAGAGAUGCUAUCAUUUUUACUUUAGACUAACAAAAUUAAACAUUAAAAAGCUAACUUGAUUAGUACUCUCAAAAUGACUCUUUAAAUAAAAAUGAGUUGAAUAAUAAUUUUACAAAAAUGAAAGAAAUGCACAAUGAUUUGAUUUUAUAUGAGAAAUAGGUCGAUACCAUAAAUUUGGAAAAUCAUUAAAUAAAGUUGUAAAAUUAAAUGCUCCAAGAUAGAAAUAACUAAUUAGAAUUUGAAGUUACUAAAUUAAGAGUAAUACUUAAUAUCCACAUAGGAAUAAUUAAUCCAACAAGACAACCGUAUUAGAAAUUUAGAAACUGA